GGCUCCCGGGUCAUCUCCGGGCAUUCUUCGCAGUUCCACCUCGGGCUCCGGCGACUUCGACGCGGGAGUAGCGACUCUGGUUCAGGCAGCAUGUCUGACAAGCGGCCAGCAGUGGACACCCAAGCUCGGCGGCUUCCUGACUCCUUCAAGGAUAGCCCCAGUGCAGGCCUCGGUGUCUGUGGAUGGAUUUUGGUGGCUAUAUCAUUCUUGUUCACGGUUAUAACUUUCCCAAUGUCAAUAUGGAUGUGCAUAAAGAUCAUAAAAGAAUAUGAAAGAGCCAUCAUCUUUAGACUGGGUCGCAUCUUACAAGGAGGAGCGAAAGGACCUGGUUUGUUUUUUAUUCUGCCGUGCACUGACAGCUUCAUCAAAGUGGACAUGAGGACUAUUUCCUUCGAUAUUCCUCCUCAGGAGAUCCUCACUAAGGACUCAGUCACCAUCAGCGUGGACGGCGUGGUCUAUUACCGUGUGCAGAACGCUACUCUGGCUGUGGCAAACAUCACCAACGCUGACUCAGCAACCCGUCUUUUGGCACAAACGACCCUGAGGAACGUCCUGGGCACCAAGAACCUUUCCCAGAUCCUCUCUGACAGGGAGGAAAUCGCACACAACAUGCAGUGUACCCUGGAUGAUGCCACUGAUGACUGGGGGAUAAAGGUGGAGCGCGUGGAGAUUAAGGACGUGAAGCUGCCCGUGCAGUUGCAGAGAGCCAUGGCUGCAGAGGCAGAGGCAUCCCGGGAGGCCCGAGCCAAGGUCAUUGCGGCUGAGGGAGAAAUGAACGCGUCCAGGGCUCUGAAAGAGGCCUCCAUGGUCAUCACCGAGUCUCCCGCCGCCCUCCAGCUGCGGUACCUGCAGACGCUGACCACCAUUGCUGCUGAGAAAAACUCGACCAUCAUCUUCCCUCUGCCCAUAGACAUGCUGCAGGCUAUCAUGGGGCCAAAACAGUGAGCCUCGGCGGCGGCCAGAGCUGAGACGGGCCCAAACCAGCCCUCACCCAGGAGGUGGAAGGGUGCAGAGCUGAGACGGGCCCAAACCAGCCCUCACCCGGGAGCAAGAAGGGUGCACCCUGGGCCUUUCUCCCUCCCUCCCCUGUUCCAUAGGUUGAGUGUGAUAUUCUUACAACGCAUAGUGAUCCUAGCAACAGAUGAAGGUUGUUAGCUUGUAAAUACGACAUGAGAGAGAGAGGUGAUUAAUGUAAGAUAACCUUACUCUAAAAUAUUUAAAAGUUCAUGUGUUUAGAUUGCUCCAUGAUAGGUGAAGCCCAUCUUCUUUCAGAUUUCAUCGAGUCGUUUUGCACCCUCCAUCAGCCUGCAGGCCAGAAGCAAGAAGAUAGAGUAUCUCUGCAAGACAAACGCUUUGCAGAGAAUAGUGACCUUGGGCUACAAGCAGCUUCUCUGGGCCACGCGUGCCUUACUUCCGGGGAAUCUUAAUUAAGGAAAUUUUCCUAACAUCCGUCUACUUUCUAAACUCAGAGCAGGUUGCAAACUAUUCCUUACUUGAGAGGAGACAUGUUCUUGCCAGUGCCUGUCAGCACUGGAGGUCAAGGUCGAGGGAGAUGAUGACCCAGAUUCUUGAGGCCCUUAAACCCACUGCUUUAGGGGUCCGUUCAGAACAACGCAGGUUGUUGUUUUUAACUUCAUUGACCCCCUUUAUGAGUAAAUGAUUCCUCUCUCUUUCAAACCAGCUUAAAUACUUAUCACAGAAGUGCUUUUUUCUCACUUUUGCCUAUUCUCAUAUAUCAGAUUCUAAAUAUUUGAAUUUUUAAAAUAAAAUUUUCUCUAAGUCCUAUAAAUAGUAGUUUAUACACCAAUUUGAAUAGCUUAAGGACUAAUACUUGAUAAAAUAUAUCUUUAGAAAACUUAUAUUUUACUGUCUGCAUGUUAUCAACUCUUGGACGCUGUGAGCUAUCUUGGUUACCAUUCAUUAAGUAACAGAAGGAAUUCAUAGUCAGGCACACAGUAUCCAAGGAGCUUGGAAAAACAGUCAAACUUGGCAUAUCUGUAGAGAUAUGGCUCUUUUUUAUUUGCCUGGUCAUUUUUCUGUCCUAUAUGUUGAUGCUGAAGGAGGAACUGGUCAGCGCUUCUGAACCGCUAUAAUUUUAGGAAGCAUCUUCCAUUUCACAAAUGCCUGUGAAGCCAAGCACCUGGUGUUCUUCCUGUUGGUUUCUGGAAAGCCGGCUGGUGGCAUUUGUACUGCUUCCUCUUGGAAGCUGUGAGAUCACUUUUAAAAUUUUAAAAAUAGCAGUGUCCUUACCCAGAGCUGCCCCUCAUGUCUGUCCUUAGCUGAGUCACUUGUCAGUCUUCAUGAGUACCCUCCCCAACAGCCCAUUUCCAAAUUUAUUUUACGAAGCCUUGAACCACCGUGGAUCCAGGUCCUGGCUGAGUUCAUUAGAUGUAUAUGGAGCAUUUUGACUUGGAACUCAAGCUGCAUUUCUAUUUUCAAUUUUAAAACUGAAAUGAUUUUCUCUCUUUUGCGAGGUGGCUCACCCUUGACUACUAAGGACCAGGAGACAACCACAUAUCCUGGCUAAAAGUCUCUUCUCAGACUUAAAGGUUCAAUGCUUUCUGUUCCUUGAGUCUGUUUCCAGACACCAGACAGUCUUUGCUCUUCUCCCUUGUGGGUUGUGGGUUGAAGUUAAGUCACCUGGGAGAGAGGAGCCGUAGAAGGAGCUGCAGGAUGACAGCGGGCAGUGUUAGUGUGAGGGCUUUUCCAGGUGGCCCCCCUUAGUGCAAGGGCUUUUCCAGGCGGCCCCCUCUGCAAUGCUAUGCAUAAUAAAGUGUGAGCUCAUACUGA